AUGGGGCCCGAGGACAGGGCCAAGUGCUGGUGCCGUGGCCCCGAGCUGGGCCGCGGACGCCUCUCUCCGUGUGGCCACACCGAGGGCCGGGACGGCCGCUGCGCCCGGUGCUGGGGAGGCCGGGACCGGGUGGACGGGCAGAUCCUGGGCCAGCUGCGCCCCCUCGCAGAGGAGGAGGAGGCAGGGGAGCCCCGGGCUGGCCCCCCGAGGCCAGCCUUCCCCGGGAUGGGCUCGGAGCAGCUGCGGCUGGCCUCCUUCUCCGCCUGGCCGCUGACCGCCGUGGUGCAGCCUGAGCUGCUGGCCGCGGCGGGCUUCUUCCACACGGGCCAGCAAGACAAAGUGAGGUGCUUCUUCUGCUACGGGGGUCUGCAGAGCUGGGAGCAAGGGGAUGACCCCUGGACGGAGCAUGCCAAGUGGUUCCCCAGGUGCGAAUUCCUGCUCCAGACAAAGGGACGGGACUUCGUCUGCAGCGUCCAGGAGGCUUGUUGCCACCUGCUAGGCUCCUGGGACCCAUCAGAAGAACCAGAAGACACGGCCCCUGCCACCCCGUCAGAUGCCAGGGGCAGCCAGGAGUGGUCCGCGUGGAGCCAGUGCCCGGCGGUGCGGGCUGCGCUCCGCAUGGGCUUCGGGCGGAGUCAGGUGCAGCAGCUGGUGCAGCAGAAGUACCGCUGGGCGGUGCCGGCCAGUGUAUCCGCGUCCCAGCUGGUGGCUGACCUGCUCCAGGAAGAGGACGGGGGCUGCCCCGCGGAGGCCAGAGCUCCUGUCCACAUGAGUCCUGAGCUGCCCACGCCCAGAAGAGAGGUCCAGUCCGAAGGGGCCAGGGAGCCAGGAGCCCGGGAUGCAGAGGAGCAGCUGCAGCGCCUGCGGGAGGAGCGCGUCUGCAAGGUGUGCCUGGACCGCACCGUGUGCACCGUCUUCGUGCCCUGCGGCCACUUGGUCUGUGCCGAGUGCGCGCCAGCCCUGCAGCUGUGCCCCGUCUGCAGAGCCCCCAUCCGCAGCUGUGUGCGUACCUUCCUGCCCUAGCCAGGCGCUUCCAGUGCUGGCUGUCACGCGGGCGCCCAUCCAUCUCAGCCUGUCCCUGCGGCCACGCGCAGGCCCCCGAAACCGGCCGUCCCAAGUGCCCAGACACGGCGCAUGGUGGAAGGAAGCGGGUGUAAAGGCGCUUUUACUGACGCUUGAGUGCUUUUGGAGAUUCACAAUAAAGUGCUGGGCUUUCCCUGGACGGUGCCCAGCA